GUUGAUGUUUCAGCCCAGCCGCGAGUAAGGACGUUUCUGGUUUUUCUACCUGCCCAGAGUUUUUCGUUUUUCCCGUGAAUUGUGAGCAUAAUUACUCAGUGCAUUCAACAUCCUUCUUUCCAUACUUAAUAGAAUUUAAAUCCCACAAUGCCGAAAUAUUAUUGUGACUAUUGUGACACUUAUCUGACCCAUGAUUCUCCUUCUGUCAGAACAACCCACUGUCAAGGAAGAAAACACAAAGACAAUGUUAAAUUUUACUAUCAGAAAUGGAUGGAGGAGCAAGCCCAAAACUUGAUCGAUGCCACGACAGCGGCCUUUAAAGCAGGUAAAAUUGCAACCAAUCCAUUUGCCAAAGGAGCAGCGAUCCCACCUCCACCGAGUUUGCAAGCUGGCGGUCCAAUUAGACCUCCUGUUCCUCCGCCUGGUGUACCAGGUCCUAUCGUGGGUCCACCUGUGGGACCAAUGGGUCCAAUGAUGAUGCCACCAGGAGCUAUGCCACCCGGAGCGAUGCCACCUGGAGCGAUGCCACCUGGAGCAAUGCCACCAAUGAUGCCCCCAAUGAUGGGACCCAUGGGUCCAAUGAGACCCCCAAUGAUGCCACCUGUAAUGAAGUAACGUGCAGAUUGAAGAUUUAUAACAUUUUAUGAGUUGACUGAAACUUUGUAUGUACCCAUGUUCUGACAGUUCUUGUGACUCCUUUUUUGUAGGGUAACUGGCAGCGCACUAAUUGCAGGGGUGCAGAAACUUCCGGACCUAGCAAUCGGCCCAGUCAUGUGAAGUGGGGGAACCUCCGCAAAAUUGGGGAGUAUUGGAGAAGCCUCUUCGAUAACAGGGAAAUCAUGCUUGUAUUUUGUUGAAACAUAGCGAUGUAGCAAUGAGGAAGGCUGAUUAUUUGGGUUAUAAGUUCAGGGGAAGCGACCAUAUAUUUACUUAAGCCAAAAAUGGAGAAAGGUUAGAACUGAGAGAAGAAAAGAAGAGACGAAAGUCACAUCCAAAAAUUGCACCAUUCAACAGAUACUUAAAUGCUAACCAAUGGGCCAAUUGAUGAUUGAUGCAUCCAGACUGAUGUGACUUCUGUCUCUUCUCUUCUUUCCCCAGUUCUAAUGGAAUUUAAGAGGAAUCCUGGAACUUUCUGCACCCCUGAUCAAUUAGCUACUUAUUAGCAGUCUUUUAUUUCGUCCCUAGAGAUUACGAACAUUUCAUGAGGUAUUAGGGGUUUAAAUUAGUUCGCAGGUCUCUAAUCAUCUGUGAAAUUGAGAGGCAAUUAGGAACCAUAAAAAAUUUUAAGUUGAUUUGAGCAGUGAUUCAAAAUUAAUCAUGGGUAAGUACUGCGGUGUUGCAAGGGACGGACUAAACAUAGCUAUGACAACAUAAAUGUCUAUGGUUCCUAAAAGUCACCAGGGAUGAAGUAAAAGUCAGCUUCUUGUAUCAUCAUAUGUUUCCUCUCUUCAAUAUGUGUAUAUCUCCUUAAUUUAAGGUAUGUUCUUUUUUCAACUUUUUUGUAAACAUAAAUUGAAAUAAAAUGUAAAUUUUUAGUA